AUGCCAAUUCUGUACGGAAUGAGCACGGCCUGGAAGGAAGCUGCCCGGCCCCGAGGAAAGUGGCCGUUUAGUGUCAACUGCUGGCCGACGACCGAUUUUUCUCAUGGAACAGGGGUCCACCAUGGCCUUAUUAAUUCAUCUACUUGCCUGGUCUAUCUUAAGCUGUCUCCAAUCCGACAGGGGCGGAGUCGCGGACGGACGGCGAAAUUGGGCACGAGGGGCGGGGGGACGGUUUUGACUUCGCUCACACCUGCCCUGUCUUUCUAUCACGGGAGGACGGUCCUCGGCGACGGGAAAGCCGGCCUCCUCUCCUCGGCGGCCGGCGACUUUUCGGCCGGGUUUUGUCCGCGCGGGGCUACGGCUCUAAAUCUAUUCUGGGCGGCCCUUGGAGAGCGAGAGAGCGAGACGGCGAGGGAGGAAGGGGACAGGCGAGGGCCGGUAUUAGAGAUCGGUGGCGGGCUCGAUGGCCUAUUGCGACUACCAUCCAAAGGGAGGGGAGAGACGGUGAGGGGGGAGGGGGAGAGGGGGCUUCGAGUGGCGAGCCGGGACAGGGUGCGCUUGCGCGAAACUCGCUGCGCCUUCGGCGAACGACAGCGGAAUUAA